GCUUUCCUUUCCUCUAUUCUUCCCUUCGUAUACAUUCUUCUUAGUCUUCCUCUUCCGGCAGCAAGUAGUUCUUGCUUUCCUUUCCUCAAUUCUUUCCUUCGAAUCACUCUAGCAUUUUUCUUCUUGUAGUGUGUGAGUCAAGCAGUGAAAAAUGGCUUCUCACAUUGUUGGAUACCCUCGCAUGGGCCCCAAGAGAGGGCUCAAGUUUGCUUUGGAAUCUUUCUGGGAUGGGAAGAGCAGUGCUGAUGACUUGAAAAAGGUUGCAGCUGAUCUUAGAUCAUCCAUCUGGAAACAGAUGGCUGCUGCUGGGAUCAAGUACAUACCCAGCAACACCUUCUCUUACUAUGACCAGGUGCUUGACACUACCGCAAUGCUUGGUGCUGUUCCACCAAGAUAUGGUUGGCAUGGUGGUGAGAUUGGAUUUGAUACCUACUUCUCCAUGGCCAGAGGAAAUGCCUCUGUUCCUGCUAUGGAAAUGACUAAGUGGUUUGACACCAACUACCAUUUCAUCGUUCCUGAGUUGGGACCUGAAGUGAACUUCUCCUAUGCUUCUCACAAGGCAGUAGAUGAGUACAAGGAGGCUAAAGCUCUUGGAGUAGACACUGUCCCAGUUCUUAUUGGUCCUGUCUCAUACUUGUUGUUAUCUAAGCCUGCAAAGGGUGUUGAGAAGAGCUUCCCUCUUCUCUCUCUUCUUGGCAAAAUUCUUCCCAUCUACAAGGAAGUUAUAUCUGAGCUUAAAGCAGCUGGUGCCUCCCGGAUUCAGCUUGACGAGCCUACUCUUGUAUUGGAUCUUGAAUCUCACAAAUUGCAAGCAUUCAGUGGUGCUUAUGCUGAAUUGGAAUCAACUCUGUCUGGCUUAAAUGUUCUUAUUGAGACCUACUUUGCUGAUAUUCCUGCUGAGGCAUACAAGACCCUCACUGCCUUGAAGGGUGUUACUGCUUUUGGGUUCGAUUGGGUUCGUGGAACCAGGACUAUUGAUUUGAUCAAGAUUGGCGAGACGCUCCACAUGGGAGGUGAAAAGAAGGAGGAGCACAAGGGGGAGCAUAAUGAGGAAGGUCACAAGGGCGAACACCAUGUGGAGGGUGGUCACAAGCCUGAGCAUCACGGUGAAGGGCACAAGCAUGAGGAGCACAAGGAGAGGCUGGUGGACAAGAUCAAGGACAAGGUCCAUGGCAAGCACGGUGAGGAGGGGAAGAAGAAGAAGAAGGAGAAGAAGAAGAAGCACGAGGAUGGCCAUGACAGCGGCAGCAGCGACAGCUUCACCAAGAAAGGCAUUAGCAGCAUGCUUCAUAUUACUGAAUUACUUUUAGCAAUAUGGCUAUCACUUUCACCGACGUGCUUCCAUGAUACUGAGUAAUGGAAAUUUAGUAGUCAUGAACUAAAUGGUAUAUGAAAGUCAUUUAGUUCUGUCUGCAUUAGUAAUUUGCUCUUUCUGCAAGAAAGGCAUUAGUAAUUUGCUCUUUCUGCAUGCUUAUGAUUUUGAAUAGUCAUGAACUAUCCUCCACUGGCAUUCUUAC